AUGUCUCAAACAAAAUCCGUAAAUAUAGAUUUGCAAAGAGAGAGGGACAAAUGCACGUUUAGUGUUACUGAAUUAACCCAUCUUCUAGAUGGUGGACCACAAAAUACAGAAGAAAGAAAAAAAAUAGAGGAUAUGGUCUUAAAAGAGGGAAUACAUAAUGAGGAUAUACCAUCUGAGUACCUCAGUCAUAAAGAAAAAUAUGAGCAGUCUGUCAAAAAGGCAUGUCUAUUGUUCAAAAUGAUUAGGAGACUUCAAGAAGAAGAGAACACUGGAAUGGAAAACUAUAGGGCAGUACUUAGUGGAAUGUUGGGUUCGGCAAUUCUCCAAGAUGGCUCACCUCUCACGCUCCAUUAUGUGAUGUUCAUACCCACCUUGAUGGGACAAGGGACGGUCGAACAACAAGCAUACUGGAUUGGAAGGGCUUUCAAUUUAGACAUUAUUGGAACUUAUGCCCAGACUGAACUUGGCCAUGGUACUUUUAUCCGUGGACUGGAAACAACUGCAACAUAUGACCCGGCCACAAAGGAGUUUGUUUUGCAUAGCCCCACUCUGACUUCGUAUAAGUGGUGGCCUGGCGGUUUGGCACACACCGCCAACUAUUGCAUCGUGAUGGCCCAACUGUACACCAAGGGCCAGUGUCACGGGAUCCACCCGUUCGUUGUCCAACUCCGCGACGAGGACACGCACAUGCCCCUGCCCGGGAUCAAGGUGGGCGAGAUCGGCGCAAAACUCGGAAUGAACGGAACCAACAACGGAUUCCUGGGCUUCGACCACGUCAGGAUCCCGAGGGACCAUAUGCUCAUGAAGAACUCAAAAGUACUAGAGGAUGGUACGUACGUGAACGCGCCCAGCUCGAAGCUGACGUACGGCACGAUGAUGUUCGUGCGCGUGAUGCUCGUGUACGAUAUGUGCAAUUAUAUGGCGAAGGCGGUCACCAUAGCGACGCGCUACUCCGCCGUCAGGCACCAGUCGCAGCUCAAACCGAAUGAGCCAGAGCCGCAGAUCUUGGACUACGUGACGCAGCAGCACAAGUUGCUGAUCGGCAUAUCGUCGGUGCACGCGUUCCGGCUGAGCGCGCAGUGGCUCUGGAACAUGUACAACAACGUCACCGCCGAGCUCGACGCCGGGGAGAUGGAGAGGCUGCCAGAGCUUCACGCGUUGUCGUGUUGCUUGAAAGCUGUCGUGACAGCGGACGCGGCCGAGUGUGUGGAGCGCUGCAGGCUCGCGUGCGGCGGCCACGGGUACAUGCUGGCCUCCAGCCUGCCGCUCAUGUACGGGCUAGUGUCCGCCGCGUGCACUAAAGUAAGCCAGUGCGUGGCAGCGAUCGAGCAACGACAAAAAACUGGAAUGGCAUAUGAGGACGCCUGGAACCUGACGUCCGUGCAACUGAUUUCUGCCUCGGAGGCACAUUGCCGCGCUAUACUUAUGUCCAGCUACUAUGAGGAGACUCAAACAUUAGUUCAGGACGCAUCAGACCCUCUGAAGAAAGUUCUGUUGCAGCUGGUAGACUUGUAUGUCGUCUACUGGGCUCUACAGAGAGUCGGCGAUCUCACGUCUAUAUGCGAACGUGACGUGGAACAUCUGCAGGCGUGGUACGAGAGUCUGCUCACUCAGCUGCGACCGAACGCCGUCGGACUUGUGGACGCGUUCGAUAUACGCGAUGAGAUUCUGCAUUCUGCGUUGGGUUCGUACGACGGUCGCGUGUACGAGCGACUGAUGGAGGAAGCCCUCAAGAGUCCACUCAACAAGGAGCCAGUCAACGAGAGCUUCCACAAGUACCUGAAGCCAUUGAUGCGAGGAAAACUGUGA